CUGUUCCCCGAGACUGACAUCUGGCAGCAGGUAAAAGGGCAGAUUGAAGUUGCCAUCAACGAUGCGGAUGUCAUCGUGUUCGCCGUGGAUAGCACGAUAGGUGUGACGCCCGCAGACGUCGAUGUAGCGGACGCGCUGCGCCGAACCGAGAAGCCCAUCGUCCUUGUGGCGAAUAAGGCGGACAACGACCGUCUCGCCACAAAUGCAGCCGAGUUCUACGAGCUAGGCGCAGGCACUCCGAUUCCGGUCAGCGCAUUCCACAAUCUGGGCGUUGACGACCUUAUGGCUGAGGUCGUGUCUCACUUCGCCACCGCUCCCGCGUUCCUUGAGCCGGAAGCCGAUCUGAAGCUCGCGAUCAUUGGACGCCCGAAUGUAGGCAAGUCCAUGCUGCUGAACGCCAUCGCGGGGGAGAAACGCGCAAUAGUCAGCGACAUCCCCGGCACCACACGCGACUCGCUCGACAGCCUGAUGCAAUUCGACGACUGGUCGGUGCUGCUAAUCGACACGGCGGGCAUUCGGCGUCGCGGACGCAUAGAGAAAGGCAUCGAGCGGUACAGCGUGCUCCGCGCUGUGCGCGCCAUUGACCGCGCCGAUAUCGCCAUCCUGCUCAUGGACGCCACUGAGCUUGCGAGUGCACAGGACACGCACAUCGCCAAGUACAUCCUUGACGGGUUCAAGGGCAUUAUCCUUGGAGUCAACAAGUGGGACCUUGCGGGAGAGGCCGGGUUGACUCAGGCUCAGGCAAUACAGCAGGUGCGAGAGCGAUUCCGCUUCGCCUCUUACGCCCCGAUAUGCUUCACAUCCGCGCUCAACGGCUCGGGUAUUGCCAACCUGCUUGAUACCGCGCGGCAGGUAUAUCAGGAAUGGACGAAGGGAGUGCCGCGAUACGAGCUGCGCCGCCGCGUAAUGAGCGCAGUCGCGGAGCACCCGCCCUCCCUAUCAGGUAGGAACUCGCUGAAGAUAUACAGCGUCGCUCAGGACGCAACUGGUCCCCCCAGCUUCACCUUCUUCGUCAAUCGUUCGGACAUGGUCCACUUCUCUUACAAGCGCUACCUGGAGAACGCGCUCAGAGCCGCGGAGAUAGCCAUGAUUGCCUACCUUGUGAUGAUACCCAUUGGCUACCUUCUGGGUGCGAUUCCGUUCGGUCUGAUACUGGGCAAGCUGUUCAGAGGCGUGGAUGUACGCGAGUACGGUAGCGGGAAAACGGGUAUGACCAAUGUCAUGCGCACGGCAGGCGUGCGUCCUGCGCUUCUUUCGCUCGCGCUUGACAUGGGCAAGGCAGUUCUCGCCGUAGUGCUUGCGCGCGCAUUUUUCGAUUCACGAGGCGCUGAAGCCGCCGCCGCAAUUGCCGCGGUUAUGGGACACAACUGGCCCGUUUUCGUCGGCUUCCGAGGGGGGAGAGGCACUGCUCCGGGCUGGGGUGCGCUGAUCAUCCUGUCGCCUCUUGCAGGACUUGUAGCAUCGAUCGUCGGGAUCGUGGCAAUCGCAGUCAGCCGAUACGUUUCGCUCGGCUCCAUACUGGGGACGCUCUCCGGCAUCAUCACCUUGAUAAUACUGGCAGUGCUUGGCAUGACUAUUGAGGGUUCGUCCGAUGCCUUCUGGUUCGCGUCCGCCGAGUACAUCUGGUUCGCCGUAAUAGGGGCUUCACUAGUCAUUGGCUUGCACAAGGACAACAUACAACGCCUCAUCAGCGGCAACGAGCGCAAACUCGGCCAGUCAGCGCUGCCUGCGGAUUGA